AUCCAAUCCCCCACUCUGCCAUCAUUGUCACUCUCAUCACUCGACUUUGGCGGCUACCUGCGAUUCUGUCAGGCUUCAACAUUAUUCCUUUAACCAUGGUUCCCCUUGCCAUCUAACAUUCGAAGUUCGUGUCGCGUAUUGCGCCUCCCGGUCGAACUCCCAACUCACCACAUAAUCUUGCGGAUCUCUACCGUCAAAAUGGUGCAGGCGCCCAUGUUAUCGUGUCCGCUCAAACAGACACAAGAGAUAGACUGGGUCGCACCUCUGAAGAAUUAUAUCCGUACCUCCUACGGCGAUGACCCCGAGAAAUACUCUGAAGAGACGGCGACCCUUAAUAGGCUCAGGCAGGACAUGAGAGGAGCAGGCAACGACUCGGCGUCGGGAAGAGACCUGCUCUACAGAUAUUACGGACAACUCGAGCUGUUAGACCUGCGUUUUCCAGUUGACGAGAACCAUAUCAAGAUUUCUUUCACCUGGUACGAUGCCUUUACGCACUCCACGACCUCCCAAUACUCGCUUGCCUUUGAGAAGGCCUCCGUCAUUUUCAAUAUAUCGGCUGUUCUAUCUUGCCAUGCAGCAUCGCAAAAUCGAUCAGAGGACAAAGACCUGAAGACUGCCUACCACUCAUUUCAAGCGUCGGCCGGCAUGUUUACCUAUAUCAACGAGAAUUUCCUGCAUGCGCCGUCUACUGACCUCAAUCGGGAUACUGUCAAGACACUGAUAAACAUCAUGUUGGGUCAAGCCCAGGAAGUCUUCUUGGAGAAACAGAUUCGAGAUGCAAAAAAGCCAGCACUAUUAGCAAAGCUUGCUGCACAGGCUCAGUUCCUGUUCAGCCAGGCCAAGGAAGCCCUCGAAGCAGAAAGUGUUCGCGGAGUAUUUGAUUAUACCUGGUUGAAGUUCAUCCAGAUCAAGGCUCUACAUCUGUCUUCCUUGGCCGAGUACUACCAGGCACUGACAGAAGAUGAGACUAAUCUCCACGGCUCCGCGAUUGCUCGAUUACAACUCGCCGAGAAAUCGAGCAAGCAGGCUCUUUCCUACGCUAAGGCUUUCCCUUCAACCCCUUCAUCGUCAUCGCAACUGGGUGCAGAUGCCGCCACGACGCUGCAAGGGAUCACUCGAAGACAGUUGGAGACGGUGCAAGAAAAGUUAACAUCCCUAGUCAAAGACAACGAUUUCAUUUACCACCAGACAGUCCCGGCAGAAGCUUCACUGUCACCCGUCACGAAAGUCCCGGCAGCUAAAGCAAUUCCCCUCUCAGAACUGUAUCAGGGACAAGAUAUCCAAAGAAUCAUUGGGCCAGACCUUUUUCAGAAAAUCGUGCCCAUAUCGGUAACCGAGUCGGCCAGCAUGUACGAUGAAGAAAAGGCGAAGUUGAUACGAUCAGAAGCCGAAAAGGUCGAGCAAGCAAAUGGUGAAAUGGCCGCAAGCUUGGAUUAUCUCAAGCUUCCGGACAGCUUAAAUAUACUGAAAGGCGGGUUGGAUCAAGAAAUGGGAAUUGACAAAGAAUUUGAACGCUGGUGUCAAGAUAUUUCGCAACAGCAGCCUUUUAGCAGUGCUUUUGAGCAACUCCAGAGAGACAAGCAAUUGGUUUUGGACAGUCUUUCCAAGAGCACGAAACAGCUGGACAUGGAGGAGAGUGUCUGCGAGAAAAUGAGGUCGAAGUACGGAGCCGACUGGACACAGCAGCCCAGUUCCAGAUUGACCUCUACACUAAGAGCCGAUAUCAGGAGUUACCGCGACACAAUUGAUGAGGCCGGAACCAGUGACUCGCAAUUGUUUGCCACUGCUCGACAGUAUGAGGGCGAUUUCGAAGAGAUGAGAAGAGCGACAGAGCAGGGUGAAGUCGACGUUCUCUACCAGCAAGCCUUGAUAAAAGCCGGGAGUUCAUCCAAGGGCAAAGGCAGAGAACCCCAGGAAGGUUCCCUGCUUGAUGAGGAUUACGGUGAAGGCGGUCCUUCGGUGGCAGAACAGAUUGCGAAGGUGGAAGAUCUUCUACGAAAACUCAGCCUGGUAAAGCGUGAGAGAAUGCAGGUUCUGAAAGAUCUCAAAGAGAAGGUCCACACGGACGAUAUCUCAAACGUUCUCAUUCUGAACAAGAAAGCGAUAGCCAACCAGGAGACUCAGCUUUUCCAGGCUGAAUUGGAAAAGUUCCGUUCUCACCAAAACCGGCUGAUAUCAACUGUACACAAGCAAUCGUCUCUGCUGAAGGAUCUGACGAAGAGCUAUGGUGAUCUCUUGCAGGACAAGAGAGUUCGCUCAGAUCAGCAGAAAUACGAUUCAAUACAAAAGAGCAGGAACAGCGUCCUUAGCAGAUACCGAAGGGUUUUCAAUGCUCAUGAGGAUCUCACACAAGGCCUUUUGCGGGCUCAAGGCUUCUACAAGGAGAUGAAGGAAAGUGUCGACAGUCUGGAGAAGAACGUCGAAUCCUUCGUCAGCAAUAGAAGAGCCGAAGGGGCCCAAUUACUUCACCAGAUUGAGCAAACCAAGAACAGUUCUGCCAGUGGUCAGGCUGCUGCCGAACAAAGACGGAUGCAAGAGCUGAUGAACAGGUUGUCGAUGGAGCCAAAGUCGUCUUCUCCAUCACAGAUAGAAGCUCCUGCGCUCCCUCCAAUGCCGACUUUGAACGCAUCCAGGUCGCCAGCGGCCAUCUCUCCAUCAUAUCCCACUCCUAAUGCAGACCCUCGCUUUACCAUCCCACCUCGACAUUCACCUGCGCCCGUUGUGCCCAACGGCUAUUCAAGUCAACCUCAGCAACCGGCUCAACCUGCGAAUGCAUCACCAAUUGACGCGCAACAUGCCUUUGCCCAAGGAGCUGCUACACCUCUUUCGACUGGAUAUAACCCGAUGGCGUAUCCUGAGCGGUCAACUACCUCGUCUAUGGGCCAACACCCUCCGACCCAGCAAUCAUAUGGCUACUCACCAGUGACUUCUCCCCCCGUGGCUUCGACAAACGCAUAUUUCCCUCCUCAAUCACAGCAUGCUCCGCCGCAAUCCCACACUCCUAUCCAGACGAUGAAUUUCAACGCUCCAGGCGGACACCAAUACUCGCAGCAUCCCCAAUUUAACUAUCCACCUCAACCAAACGCACAAGGUGUUCCCUACCAGUCCCCUUCGCCACACUCUCAAAUGCCUCAAUCACAACCACAAUAUCAAAACUAUCAACCUUCGCCAUACAACAUGCCACAAAAUUAUGUUCCUCCACCACCGCCACCGGGACCGCCUGGUGGAGGCUCGAGCACUCAAUAUCCUCCCAACCCAACGGGCGUAUGGCCUAGCGGACCCGGAGGUUACGCAAGCUACCCACAGCCCAACCGAUACCCGCAACAAGCGCCACCACAAGGUCAUCAGCCACCGCAAGGUCAGGGCGGAAGUCAAGAGCAAGAUCCUUGGGCAGGAUUAAGUGCUUGGAAAUAACAUGCGCGGGAGUCGGCGAUUGGAAGAUGAGGCAUACAAGCUGGCCGGUCUUUGUUAGUUUAUGAAGAUGGAGCGUAUGAAGCAAUGUUUGAACAGACAGCGAAUGAUGACUCUAUUCCUGAAGGUUUUUAGAACUUUGUCGUGAUGUGAUUUCAGUUUAACUUGUGUUGUCGUUUAGAAAUCUGACUUUACAUUUUCAUUGGUACUAACUUAGCUGUGGUGCUUGGGAGCGUUGAUAUUCGUCAAAUGUGUUAUG